AUGGCUAUCAUUACCACCGAGUUUUUGAAGUCUUUUGGAUCACCUGCCUGCUCUGAACUUGAUGGCGGCAGUGUGAGUUUAACUCGUCAUAUGGAUUCCAGUCUGAGGACUUUCAAUGCCUGCUCUGAUCGUGAUGGCGGCAGCGAGAGUUCAUCUUGUGAAUUGGAUCCUAAUCUGAUGACUGUCAAUUCCUGCUCUGACCUUGAUGGCGGCACCGAGAGUUCAUCUUGUUAUCUGGAUUCCAAUCUGACGACUGUCAAUGCCUGCUUUAAACUUGAUGGUGGCAGCGACAGUUCACCUUGUGAAUUGGAUCCUAAUCUGAUGACUUUCAAUGCCAGCUCUGAACUUGAUGGCGGCAGAGACAGAUCAUCUUGUCAUUUGGAUUCCAAUCUGAUGACUUUCAAUGCCAGCUCUGAUCUUGAUGGCGGCAGCGAGAGUUCCUCUAAUGAUUUGGAAUUUGAUUUGAAGCCAGAAGACGACGACCACGACCACGACCACGAUCAGGACCCACCUCAUUUGGACAACCCAGAUGGACCCUGCCAUCUAUUUAGAAAUAAACUAGAAGAGAUCGACCAGAAGACCCAGCACCUCCUCCAGAUGAUCGAGGAGAAGAAUAAGAAGGAGGCAGACCUUAAUGAAACCAUAAGGCAGCUCAACCAGGAACUGAUCUACGAAAAGACUGCUUGCGCCAAAAACCUCCUACACCUUCAUGAGGAGGCUGAACUUCUUAAGAUCGAAGUUCUAGCCAAGGAAAGAGAGUCAUUUAAAGAAUUACAGAAGCAAAUGGAAGAUGAAAAGGAAGCGAUGAAAAGACUCGCAUUAGAAAAAGAAGAGAAGGAGAAUGUCUUGCAAAUCCGAGAGCAACAGAUCUCGGAGAAGGAACUUGUUAUUAAGGAUUUGGUACAACAGAAUGAGACACUUAAAGAAAACAUGGAAAUGAUGAAGGACGAGCUUGAACAAACCCAACGGAAGCAAUUUUUGAAGGAAGCUGAACUUCUUAAGAUUGAAGAAGUUUUGGCCAAGGAAAGAGACUCGUUCAAGGAGGCCAUGGAAAGGCUCUUAGAAGAAAAGAAACAGAAGGAACGAGUAAUUAAAGAUUUGGAAAUGCAAAACGAAGUUCUUCAGGAAAACUUGGAUGCAAUGCAAGAAGACCUUGAAGAACUCCGAUUACAGCAGAUCUCGAAGGACAGAAAAAUUGAAGAUUUGGACGAUAAGAACGAUAAUCUAAGGAUGAACAUGGCCAAGAUACAGCGAGACCACGAACGGACGAAGGCUGAGAAGGAGGAGAGGGAACGAAACAUGAAAGAUCAAGAGGUACUCGCAGAGGAAACAAAUGUUGCAGUAAAGAACCUGCAGGAGGAGCUGGACCAAAUCAACCUGGACAAGAGCCGAAUGGAACGCCACCUAGCUGAAGCCAGGGAUAUGCUCGGCAAAGUGAGAAAGCAAAAUGCAGAAAAAACGGAAAAGAUGGCUGCCUUAGAAAUAGAGAAUGAAGGUCUUUGGAAAGGUAUUGAAAAGAUGGAGAAAAAUUAUAAAAAUCUGCUUGUUGAGGCCCAAGCUCAAACUCAGCUCAAAGAGGACGAAGCAAAGAGACUCGCAUUAGAGCUUGAGGGCCAAAAUCGAUCACUAGAAAAUCUCCAGACUGAAAACAAAAAGUUGAAGGAAUUAGUGAAAGAAAAACGAGGAGUAAUCGACUCCCUGAAGAGAGAAAAGGAAGCGCCAACAGCCAAGAUGGUGGCUGAUUUAGAGAGGCUGAGGAAGGAGUGUGCCGAGAAGGACAUACGAAUCAACGAACAGGAAAUGCUUUUACGAACUCUGAAGGCCGAGAAACACCAAAUGAGCAAAGAUCUGGAAGAGAUGAGGAUGAGAUGCAGCGAAAUGAAGGAACAGAGAGAAGACAAAGGACAAAUGACAUUCAUAGGCAAAGGACUCUUCGCCUACAUGAAUGAUCGGAAUGAUGCUGCCUUCGAUGUCUUCUCAAGAAGCCCAUGGCCAAUGGUUCCUUCACCAACGAAAGAAUCGGCUCUGCUGCACAUCAUUCGGGCUAAGCUCUGGCGGCUUGUGGUCACCCCUUCAGAUGACUUGGCCAUAUAG